AUGGCCAUAUCCGCCCUCCCUCAAGCCACCGUCCGCUUGCUCGGCGCCUCGACAAACAUCGCCUCUCCGUAUCAUCUUGUCAAGGAGCUGCUGGACAACGCCAUCGACGCUCGAGCAACCACGGUCGAGAUUUCCAUCUCCGCAGACACCCUGGAGAAAAUCUCCGUCCGAGACAAUGGUCACGGCAUCGCGGUGCAGGACUUUGAGUCGCUGGGCCGCAGGGCACACACGAGCAAGCUGAGGAGCUUUGGUGAGUUGCAGACCAAAGGCGGCAAGACGCUGGGGUUCCGCGGGGAAGCCUUGGCCAGUGCCAAUGCCGUUUCCUCCAUCGCCAUCACUACAAAGGUGUCUGGCGAUCCAGUUGCUUCGCGGCUGCAGCUGCGUUUUGCUGUCGGGGGAGUUGAACAAAGGCGGCCGGUUUCCGCGCCCGUCGGCACCACCGUACAAGCCACCCAACUCUUCAAGAAUAUGCCUGCAAGGAAACAGCUCUUCAUCAAGGAGAGGAACAAGUCCGUGUCGAGCAUCAAAAGUCUUCUCAAGAGCUACGCCCUGGCGCGGCCGCAUCUCAAGCUAUCCUUUAGAGUAACCGACGACGGCUCCCAAUCUUGGUCGUAUUCCCCGAAUGGCUCACCGACGGUGAGGGAGGCAACCCUCCAAAUAUUUGGCGGAGGCUUGGCCACCAAUUGCGUGCACAUGACCGUCGGGGAGAAUAACCGUGGCAUUUCAAUACACGAUCAGCAGCCAAAGGGGUUCGUGCUAGAUGCCUUUCUUCCAAGGCCAGACUGCGAUGUCAAGGCCAUUACCGGCAAGGGCUCUUUCAUAUCAGUCGACCAGAGGCCUGUUUCACCAACGAGAGGGCUCCCGAAAAGAAUUGUCAGCGCCCUCAAGUCCCAGUUCUCGGAGCACAUGGCGAGAAUAGGGUCUACCAACUAUGACCCCAACGUGUCGCCUUUGAAGGACGAGGUCUUGUUCGCUGAUGAGAAAGGUCUCAUUGAGUGCUUUGAGAAGCUGUGUCGAGAGCUCGCUGCGAAAGGGGGCUGCCGUUUCCAACUGACGGCCAAGGCUACGACCCUGCUGGCGCUUCCUCUUGGGAUGACGCAGACAUCCUUGACCUGCUGA